AUGUUGAUGCCGUGGGGGCAUAUUCUGGUGGAUGUGACAUCUUGCUAUACUGUACUUGGUAUAUUCUAUCAACGGGUAAAUAUUUACAGAGACUUAUUUAUAUUUUCUGUUCCACUCUUCUCUCAAUCCAUAACAUUUUAUAUGAAUAUUACUACAACUUAUAACUUACAAUUACUUGUUUCGCUAGCAUACUUUGUUUUAACGUCAGGUAUAUUACUUGUCAAAUACGUUCCACCUUUGAAGAGAUUAUUGAACUAUGGUAAAACUGUUCCGGAUUUUGAUUCUAGAGGUAACAACAGUCCAAGCAGUCCCAGUACACCUUCAGAGGUAAUUGACAUCAUUGCCAAAUACGCAGUGGUGCGUAAGCUGUGGUUUACUCAUUUCUACAUUUGCUUGUUCACCUUAUCAACCGCUACAUAUUUCAAAGCAUGUCAUGAAGCCAUCAUUGGACAAUCUGAUAAUGAAGCUGCUACAUUUAAGAAUUUGGAAACCAUCAACAAACUACUCCUUUUGCAAGGUGCCAGAAGAAUGAUUGAGAGUUUCGUUGUAACAAAGUUUUCAACAACUUCGUAUAUGAACAUUACGCAUUACGUGGUUGGUAUUUCUCAUUAUGUUUUGAUUGCGUUGGCUACAUAUUUGGGCUUAUCAGGAAGCUGUGCGGGAAGCGCCGUUUUAACUAUAGCAGACUACAUGCUUAUUGCUAUUUUCGGAGUUGCGUCACUACAACAAUUCAGAGCGCAUUACCAUCUUGCCCACUUGGUAAAGUACUCGCUACCAAAAUUCAAGCUAGUAGCAUCUCCGCACUACCUAUAUGAAGUCAUUAUCUACACAGUGAUUAUGGCAUUCAGUACCAAGAACGGAAUUAAUUCAACUUCGUUUAUGUUCAUAUCAGGAUGGGUAUUUGUUGUUACUAAUUUAUCAGUUUCGGCAGUUGAAACGUAUCAUUAUUAUCAAUUGAAGUAUAAAGAAGAGUUUGAUUUGAAGUGGGCUAUAUUUCCAGGUAUUUUGUAG